ACCACAUCCCCCUCCUCGAUCGGUCAUCUUUGAAACCCUCCCUCUUCGUCGAUGACCGCAUGAGAUGGGCGGCGGUAGUAGCCAACAAAGCCCCAUCUCUUCUCCGGAGGAUGGGGGCUUCUCCCCUCUCCUCCUUCUACGCCGCCGCCGAGGUCGACUCCAUCUUCGCCCCACACGACGCCUGGGAGCUCGUCAUCUCCGAGAGGGUCCUCACCAUCCUCCACACCGUCCCCUCCUUCGAGCCCCACCUCGACUUCCUCUCCCCGAUCCUCACCCACCACGUCGUCGAGGAGGUCCUCGCCGACGCCCCCACCGCCCCGUUCGCAUUUCGCUUCUUCUCCUGGGUCUCCAGGCAGCGCCACCUCCGCAGCUGGGUCUCCCACAACCGCAUCAUCUCCAUCCUCCGCUCCCCAGGCGGCUUCGACUCCGCCUGGCGUGCCCUCGCCGACCUCGGCCGCCAGGGCGUGCCCGUCGCCCCGGCCGCCUUUGCCGCCCUCAUCUCCGCCUACUCAGCCUCCGGGAUGGCCGAGAAGGCCGUGGAGGCCUUCGGCCGGAUGUCGGAGUUCGGCAGCCGCCCCAACACCUUCGCCUACAACACCUUGCUGCGGAUCUUCGUCGAUAAAGAUGUGAUAUUGCUCGCCCUGGCGAUAUAUAACCAUAUGAUCAAGUCGGAUUGCCGUCCCAAUCGGUCCACCUUCAUCAUCUUGAUGGGCGGAUUGUGCAAUGCGGGGAAGACGGAGGACGCGCUGGCGCUGUUCGACGAAAUGCUCCAGCAAGACAUAUCCCCGAGCACAAUGGUUUACACCGUGUUCCUCUCGUCGCUCUGCAAGGCCGACAGGCUUGACGACGCGAGCAGGCUGUUGGAUUCCAUGAAGCAGGACAAUUACAAGCCGGACUCCAUCACCUACCACGCGUUGUUGAGUGGGUUCUGCAAGUCGGGGAGGAUCGACGAAGCUUUCGAGCUUCUGAGGGCGUUCGAGGACGACGGGUUUGUGCUAGGCCUAAGCGGAUAUAGCUGUUUGAUCGAUGGGUUAUUCAAGGCCGGGAGAUUCGAGGAGGCGUGCCGGCAUUACAAGGAAAUGCUGGAGAAGAAUGUGGCUCCGGACUGCAAGCUUUACGCAAUAAUGAUCAGGGGCUACACCGAAGUUGGCCAGGUGGAGGAAGCCUUCUCCUUCUUGUCCGAGAUGGGCGGCCGAGGUCUGGUUCCUGAUACAUUCUGCUACAACAGCCUGAUCAAGGGCCUCUGCGACGUUGGGCACUUGGACAGGGCUCGCUCGCUGGUCUUGGAGAUCUCGCAGCACGAUCGAUUCCCCGACUCGGCCACCUACACCAUCAUGAUCUGUGGACUGUGCAAGGAGGGGCUCGUCGAUGAGGCACGCAACAUAUUCGACGAAAUGGAGAAGCUGGGGUGCGUCCCGACCGUGAUGACGUUUAAUGCUCUCAUCGACGGGCUCUGCAAGGCCGGGAAGCUGGAAGAGGCCCACAUUCUCUUCUACAAGAUGGAGAUGGGGAAGAACCCCUCCCUGUUCCUCCGGCUCUCGCAGGGCGCUGACAGGAUCCACGACAGCAACAGCCUCCGUCAGUUGGUGGAGGAGUUGUGCGGCUCCGGCCAUGUGCUCAAAGCAUACAGGCUCCUCCGUGGCAUCAUCGACAGCGGCGUCGUGCCUGAUAUCGUCACGUACAACACACUGAUCAAUGGUUUGUGCAAGGCCGGGAAUACCGAUGGCGCAAUGAAGCUCUUCAAGGAGCUUCACCUCAAGGGGCACUCUCCCGAUGCAGUCACGUACGGCACGCUCAUGGACGGCCUCCUCAAGGUGCACCAAGAGGACGAAGCCUUGACGGUGCUCCAGCACAUGUUGCGGAGUGGGCGCAGCCCUGGCGUGUCGAUAUACGGCAUGCUGAUGCGGGCAUUGUGCAGGAAGAAGAAGGUCUCCCGGGCGGUGACGCUCUGGUUGAACCAUCUCUGGCAGGCGCGCAGAGCUCCCGAAGACGCCGAAGCCAUCACGACAGCACGGAAGCAGUUCAUGGAAGGGAACCUGGAAGAAGUCAUCAGAGGCUUGGUAGCGAUGGACCGGAAGCGUGGCGUGGCCGGUCCCUUUCCUUACACGAUAUGGCUGAUCGGCUACUGCCGGAUGCACAAGGUGGACGAAGCUCUCACGAUCUUCACCACCCUGACGGAGUCGGACGUCGAUGCUACGCCGCCCAGCUGCGUGCACCUCAUCGACUACCUGUGCCGGAACCGGAAGCUGGAGGCGGCGGUCGACGUGAUGCUGUACUCACUGGAGAAAGGCUUCUUCUUCAUGCAACCGGUGGGCAAUCGCUUGAUAAGGAGACUCUGCGCACACAGCAAGAAGGACGCAGCCCAAGAACUGGUUCGAAGGAUGCAGCUCGCCGGAUACGACAUGGAUGUUUACCUCCGGACAACCACCAAGGUGUUUCUGUACGGUGAUUAGAUAGAUCGGCACGGACUAUCAUCCUCCCCUUUUCGUUUAGAGUCGUAGAAGAUUUGAUUUGGUUGAUGACCCAUUUUUGGAUGAACAUGAUUUGUCAUCGAUGCGGAUGGGUGGGUGGGUUUCUUUAACCCUUGUAACAUAACAUCAAUAAGCAAAAAGAAAAUGAACGGUAAUUUA